CAGUCGACCGCCGUGCUCGGGCACGGCCGGAGCACGGCUCGGGAACGGCCGGAGCACGGCCACUGGGAGCGGAGGGUGGCCGCGGGGACUGGAGGCCGAUCAGAGGGACUGGAGGGCGGCAGGAGCGACCGGUGCGUCACAGGGAAGCUAAACCAUCGGUAAAUCAUCGGCGACCGGCGUCAGCUAAACCACGGUCAGAGCAAAGUCAAAAUACGGUAAGGGAACGUUGAGAACACAGCAAGAAAAUGGCCAGAACACGUAAGAGAACGGUCAGCUUAUAACAAGAACGGUCAGAGCGCGGCACAGGACGACUUGUUGUUGCCUCAGGACGGCAAACUGACGGUUACAUCGGGCUACAUAUAAAAUAAAGGAAGGAAGAGCCUGUGACUGUGGAAGAGCUUAGUGCUGCGGGGGACGGACGUGUGCCUAACAGCUGACUCAGCUGAAAACUUGAUACAGAGCCUCACAGCUCGGUUCACAAAAGCUGCAGAGAAGCAGGCACAAAAUGUGCUCCCAACGGAAGGAUGACCUGUUGGCCGGUGAUUGGUGCGUGGAGUGGUGACACUAUGUUAAUUGGGUGAUCGAGGCGGCCGCCGACCCUGUGAUUGAACAGUGCCUGUGACGGGUCACAUUAACAAUGGAGCCUCAGCACGACCCAGCCGCGGCUGUGGCCGGUGCUCCUACCCGCCCUCAGCGACCAGCCCAGCCCCCUACACAGCCCCCAUCCCAGCCCUCAGCCCAGGCCCCGGACCAGCCCCCAGCCACGGCCCGGAAGGCCAGCCGACCGCCCCUGGACUAUGACCAAGUGCCGUACUCACGAAAACCUCACGAAGUUAGUGUGUUCAUCGUGCCAGCCGAGAGGAGGGUGCAGUUCUGGUCCAUGUUCCUCAAGAACUGGCACGUCACCAUCACCUACUGCUUCGUCUUCUGGUCGUUCGGCAUGUGCGUGGCCUUCCUCGGACCCACGCUGGGGGAUCUCGGCUGUCAGACGGAGACGCCGUUCGCCACCAUGAGCUGGGUGUUCUUCGCUCAGGCUCUGUUCACUCUGCUGGGCUCCAUCGUGGGCGGCGUCCUCGUACAAAGGACGUCGGCGCACGGCGCCAUGUUGGUGUCACUGCUGAUGCUGGCCGUCACGCUGGCCAUGGUGCCACAGUGCUGGAGCCUCUCGAUGCUGGCGCUGAACCUGGCCGCCAUGGGACUCUUCAUGGGUAUCAUCGACACCGUGGCCAACCUCUGCAUGAUCCAGCUCUACGGAUCCAACGUGGCGCCCUUCCUGCAGGCGCUGCACUUUUUCUACGCGCUGGGGGCGUUCGCGUCUCCGAUGAUUAACGAGCCGUUCCUGCUGAAGAACCCGCACCACUGCUUCGCGCUCAUCGACGACAUUCUGCAGGCGCGCGGCAACUCCACCGAAAACGAAGCCGCCCUGCUUGAAAUCCUGCAGCACUCCAAGAUCCAGUACGGCUUCGAGAUCAUGGCGCUGCUCCAGAUUCCUGUGGCGAUCCUGGUCAUCACCGUGCUGCUGCGGAAGCGCAAGGGCUCCAGCUCGGAGACGUACGAGAUUGACGAGAGCGGCGGCCUGACGGUCCACCACGUGCCGUCCGAGGGCGUCAUCGACGACCACAACGCCGCCUCGACGCGCCAGGUGGCGCUGGUCACCAUCUGCGCCAUCGUGCUCUGCUUCAUGUACGACGGACUGCAGGGUGCCUACGGCGGCUACAUCUACAGCUACGCCCGGAAGAUGGUGUCGGGUCUGACGGCCACAGAGGGCGCCUACCUGACCUCCUGCUUCUGGGGCACGUUCGCCGUCGGCCGGCUGGUCUCCAUUGGCGUGGCCACCAAACUCUCGCCGGCCUUCAUGAUCAUGUUCAACAUCGUGGGCUGCGGUAUGGCAGCCCUGCUGAUGCUCAUCUGGCAGCACAGCCGUCUGGUGGUGUACGCCGGCACCUGCCUGUUCGGCCUCUCUCUGAGCAGUAUCUACCCCACCACUAUCUCGCUGGCAGAGACAUACAUCGACGUUAGCUCGGUGAUCACCAGUCUGAUUGUGGUCGGGGCAGCCGCCGGGGAGAUGGUCCAGCCCGUCGUGGUCGGACACGAGUUCGAGUCGGUGGGUCCAGUCAUGUUCCAGAUCAACGUGAUUCUGGUGGUCCUCAUCUCGAUCAUCGUCGUAUUUGUCCUGUUCGUCGUGGGCGCUUCGAUAAAGAACCAGGCCGGUCUGUUCCGCCUGUUCCGCUGCUGUAUGGGAUCCGGCAGUGACCCCGGCGAGGACACCGGUCUGAUGAGUCAACACGUAACCUACUACUCACGCAUGCCACACGAGGUCAGCUCCAGUGAGCUGCACUUCAACCCCAACGGCAAGGGCAGCUAGGUCGGCCUCUGGGUCAGCUAGGGCGGCCUCUGGUCAGCGGAGUGUUGCUGCUGAGGGGCACCUGGGUGUGCGCUGUUCCAGAGAGAUGAUGUGGUGAGGUCGUGAGGCGCAGACCGGUCAUAUGAAGGUGGAGGGUACCAGGAUGGUCCGGCCGAGGUGUUGUGAAGUGGAAGUGUGAAGCGAUGUGUCGGAGAGGUUACGAGUCGGUCGACCGAUAGGUGGCGCUGGAUGAUUGGUCGACGACAUCGGGCAUUAGGAAAAGCUGGGAACGCUCUGAGAGAGCGACUAGAAAGCUCGAGGACUUAUUGCUGUUAUUUGUCGAACGCUGUGCGUCAAGUGUUUGUGUGAGAGGCAGUGGAAAACCGAAGAGAGGACGUUAAGUUAUACUGGAGGGCGGAGCACCAAGAGCUGAUGCCGCUGCAUUGCUGGUGGUUUCUCGGCGAGCCAGGAGCGUCCGUGGAGACUAUGUCGUGUGCGCGGUGGAGACGGCUGAGGCGAACACUACGGAGAGAGUGUGAUGUGCGAAACGAACUCUGGCGAAUGCAAGUGUCGAGUAUGAUAGAGGGCGUGUGUGGAGCUGAAUGAGCCGGCCGUAAGAGGCCCCGAAGUCCCGUGUGGUCACCCUUUUGGGAUACGACUGAGUGCACGACAGUACGCCAUUCAUUUAUGGGAGGCUGUUCAACUGUUACAGGACGGAAGUUGUUGUUCGGAUGUUUAUUAUCAUUUAUCGGGAUAGGGCUGUUCGUAUGCGUAGCUGCUGGGGUACAUAGCCAUGAAAACUGUCGACGGAAUGCAAACGUUACGACUGAUGGGACUCCAGCAAUAGUUACGUUCUGUUAUAUAUUUCCUCCCACACUGGAAGCAUGCGCAUCAUCGCAUGAAAUGGUAAAUUGGAGAUCCAUAGGGACUUUGUUUUCGAUCGCAGUCUCUUAAGCGUUCAGAUGUGGGCAGUGGAUAUGAGUCAUUUGGUUUGGUCAAGGCAAUUCGGUUUUGUUUUUGUCCACAGGUUAUUGGAGCUGUGAGUGUAUUUGUGUGCCAUGGCAGGUAUGGCAUACGAUUCCAAUGUUCGCUAGCGUAGAAUGGGUGUUCUCGAGUAAGUCCGCCUCUUGAAUCCUCCGACUUUUCCUGUCCAGUCAAUGUGCGUGAGUUUUUUUUAUAACAUAUAUAUAUUAGUUAUUUUGAAAUUUUGAAUCAUAACUUCAAUGAAUCCUAAAGUAACUUGUACUUGUUCCACCAGUGCUUCCUAGGGAAUCAAGCCCUUUUCUCGGACUUACCGAACCAAAAUAGAAGCAUAUCAUUUUAUUCUAAAACGGUACGCGUUCUCUUUUCCCGUCUACUCGAAGUUCGUAGCUGGUCCGGGCGCUGCGCCUUGGCACUUGGCGUGUACGAUUCCAGUGGACUGCCAUGGUGUCUGGGUAGCGGUGCCGUGUUCAGCUGUCGAGUGUCUGCCCUUCCACGAUUCCCUGAUCCGUCGGUUUCCUGUGGCGGUAAUGAGAUAUGCCUCCCGAGCCGCUAAUCGCACUCUGAACGGCGGGGGCACGGUCCGAGUCUUUAGCCGCGGGGCGUACGGUCCGGCUCCCCAAGCCGCGGGGCUCACUGUCCGGCUCCAGCCGCGGGGCUCGCCGUCCUGCCUCGGCCGAUCAGCUCUCAAUGGUCGGUCACCGUCUCACUACCGGCCAAUGUUCUCCGUAAGACGUGUUGUCAACUCGCUGUGACUGUGAAUGUCUCGUCGAUUUCAACAUUCUCGUCGAUAUCUAUGCCUCUGGCCACGUUUCGCGGUCGAGUUUCUCAGUCUUUAUCUAGAGCUGAAUUUUCCGUCUCUCGGCUGACUGCAGCCGUUCGAGCUUAGGAAUAGGGAUAGAUUUAGGAAAGGAGCGACUAUUUGGAUUGUUCGAUGUGCUUUCAGGAACAACUAGACAGAAAUGCACUCUUUAGGCUUCGGUCCGGUUUUGCCAACACUGCGCACAGUGUUUUUGCUACUCCAAAAACAACAUGUACCUAUUAUCAAUCUCACGGCUUUGACUUCUAUUCAUCUGUCGAGCGGUUGUACCAUAUUUGUGUGUUCGUACUGUCCUUACGUUGUGUGCAUGGAUGUUGUUUGAGGCAGACUGCAGAGGCUGCAGAUAUUUAUUUAAUGGAAAAGGCUAGCAGAGACGUUGUUUGCUUCGGGUGAACGAAUAGUUGAACAAUGCUAUGUUUCGAUGUAGGCAUAUGUUAUCUGCGAUUGAAUGUGUUAUUUGUCGUUUCUUGUUCCUUUCUUUUGUGCAAUCACCUGUUACCUAAUUUAUUAUCCGAACUCUCGUCUUUUUUUGACUGUUUUCUGUGUGUUGGGGAGUGAAUGCUGUUUAAAUAUAGGAAUCAUACAUACAAGCGCAUAAUUAUGUCAUGUGAUAUAGGCUUAACUCUAAUGGUAGCGCCCUUGUAUAUGUUAUAAUAGAUGUGCUCAAAUGA